AUGUCAGCCAGUGAGGUCUGUUUCCUGAGUAAGGAGGGCGGCCCUGAGAAGAGAAGCAGAGCCGCUAAUCCCACACCCCCACUGCCAUAACCUCUCUGGCUCUGCUCCGGCUCUCAGGACAGGACACACCCUUGCAGCCCCAGAUAAACAAGCAAAGGUUUAGGUACCUGCCACCCCAUGUCAACCAGUCCCAAUUUCAUCAUGGGGCCUGGCCCCUCUGAGGCCCCCUCCUCAAUGCUCAGUGAGUUGGAUGACUUCCAUAACUGGACAGAACUGACACAUUUCUUCAACCAUACCUUUUCUGAGUGUGAAGUCAAGCUCAAUGAAAACGCCAAGCGUGUGGUCCUCUUUGUACUCUACCUGGCCAUCUUUGUGGUUGGGCUGGUGGAGAGCCUGCUAGUUAUCUACGUCAACUGGCAAAGCCUGGGCCAGGGGAGACUGCUCAAUCUCUAUGUCUUCAACAUGGCUGUGGCCGACCUGGGCAUCAUCCUGUCUCUGCCUGUGUGGAUGCUGGAAGUCACCCUGGACUAUACAUGGCUGUGGGGCAGCUUCUUCUGCCGAUUCACACACUACUUUUAUUUUGCCAACAUGCAUAGCAGCAUCUUCUUCCUAACGUGCCUCAGCAUAGAUCGCUAUGUCACACUCACCAACUCCUCCCCCUUCUGGCAGCACCAUCAACACCGGGUACGGAAAGGUAUCUGUGCGGGCAUUUGGGUCCUUUCUGCCCUCAUCCCACUGCCAGAGGUAGCUCACAUCCACUUGGUGGAAGCCACAGAUCCAAUGUGCCUUUUCUUGGCACCAUUUGAGACGUACAGCACAUGGGCGCUGGCUGUGACCCUCUGCACCAUAAUCUUGGGUUUCUUAUUGCCCUUUCCGCUGAUGGUAGUCUUUAAUGCACUGACUGUUUACCAUCUACACCAGGCGGGACGGCCAGAGGCUCGGCGCCACGGCCUAUUGGUUUGUGCCUAUGUGGCUGUCUUUGUGGUCUGCUGGGUGCCGUACCACGUGACAUUGCUGCUGCUCACGCUACAUGGAAACCAUAUCUUCCUCCACUGCUCCAUGGUUCAUGUUCUCUACUUCUUCUACGAUGUCAUCGACUGUUUCUCUAUGCUGCACUGUGUUGCUAACCCCAUUCUCUACAACUUUCUUAGUCCCAGCUUCCGUAGCCGGCUGGUGGGUGCUGUGGUUCAUUAUAUCCCCAAGGACCAAGCCCGGAAAGGCAGGGGUUCCUCCUCCUCCUCCACCACCAAGCAUUCGAUUGUCAUUACUAAGGAGGGAGCCCAAACCAACUAGAGGGAACCCUCUCCUCCUAGCCCCCACCUCCUCUCGCUAUGUCUGAGCCUACACUUUCAGGAAUGUGCCUCUUCCUUAAUUCUAAACACCUCGUCUCUCCCCAUCCCUCAGUCUGAUAUGCCCAACCCUGACCAAUUCCUGUUUCAGACUGCUGCUGAGGAGUGACAACUUAAGUGUAUUCACAAAGAGUUGGACACUAUUGAAAGGACUGAACAACACUGACAAGAAGCAAGGGAGGAGAAAGAACCUAAAGGCAAGAGAUGGGGUAUUUAAGUACAGUGAUUAGCACAGAGUGCUCAUUCUAGUAUAUACUGAAAUUGGGAACAGGUCCACAGAAUUGUUAUGACUAUUUGUCCAAUUCAAUAUAUCUUUCUAUGGGUUUGGAAUCAGCAGCAUCUGUAAUAUGGGCAGGGAGAAGGGAACAAAAGUGAGAAUCGUGUGGACCCCUGACCCUGGAAAAACUGGCACUUCAAAGGGGCAGGGGAAGGAGGGAAGGACAGGGAGAUGGAAAGAGACUUGACAAAGGAAGCUGGAAACACACCAUAAAUCACCAUGACCAGGACAAACCUGGCAGUAGCCUCAGACCUUUCUUUUUGCGUACAUAUUGAACUCACUGAACUAUCCUGUAUCUGAGAACAGGAUGCUAGAGGCCAAGGAGCUGGGAAGCCACAAGCAGGAUAUCCCCAAGGCCCCAGUGUUUUGAACUGAGUGUAUAUAUCUUUAGUGUAAGGAUAAGUAAGGCAGAGGUAGAGAAGACAAGAGAGAGGAAGCUGCCCAAAUGUCUGGAGUUUGAUGCAAGUACCAUGAAACUGGAUCAAGAUUACACUUCUAUCCCCCCAAGACUGCUGGGAUAGCUCAGCUUGGUCUUCAUCACUCCCCAGUCUUCCCCUGGCAUGGGCUGGAAAAGUUCAGUAUUGGGGCCUAUGGGCCAGUUAUAACAUCCAUUUCAAUUCUGUUCUCCUUUUUGUAUCUCUUUCAAGCCAAAUGUACAUGUUACUUUUCUGUGUAGAUAUGUCAACAACUUACCUACACACUUAGCCUGGUGAAAGGGCAUGUUAAUUUGAGGAACUGAAUCAAUAUUAACAAGUUGUUUUUAGGUUAACCAGCACUAGAAGACGAAGUCUCUGCUGCCUUUGGCAAGUCCUGGGAAGAGUAAGGUAUCGUCAACUUAAUAUCUGGUACACACUCUCUCUACCCCCUGAUUAAAGCAAUCAGUUAGGCACAGCAUGUCUCUGCCAGAACAGGAGUUUGUAACCUGAAGUCCAUGGACUUGUUUUCUAAAGUAUUUUGAUACAUGUAUUCCAAUAUAAUUGAUUUCCUUUGUAACCCUACAUUUUAUUUUGUGCAUUUUAAAAACAUUAUUCUGAGAAGGGGUCCAGGGGUUUCACCAGAUUGCCAAAGGGGUCCAUGAUACAAAAAAGGUUAAGAACCUGUGAUUUAGAAUAACUAUCCUUGUACUUUGGAUUUGUAGCCUUUACUCCUGGAAAGCUGAACCUGCUCACUAGAUGUAUUAAACAUGUACCUCAAUGUGA